ACACUGGGUAGAUACAAAGGAGGAGGACAGUCAACUCAAGAGUCUAAAGCUCACCAAGCUGGACGAAAACACAACUAGAGAACCAACAAUUGUUACCAAUGAGAUCUGGAAGUUUACCGCUGAGGCUAUCAACUUCCAGGCCUGCUCACUGCAGUAACACAUGUUUUGUAAAUCAGAGCUCAGACCUGACCCAGUUCUACAUAGGAGAAACUCACAGAGUUAUUAUUACUGAGAGCUGAAAUGGAGCAAAGAGUAGUUCGACUAAACCGAGAUAAGGUGUCCUGCUCCAUCUGUUUGGAUCUACUGGAGGAUCCGGUGACUAUUCCCUGUGGACACAGCUACUGUAUGAACUGUAUUAAACAACACUGGGAUGGAAAAGAUCAAAGGAAAAUCUACAGCUGCCCUCAGUGCAGGAAAGAGUUCAAACAGAAACCUGUCCUUGAAAAGAACAUCGUUUUGACUUCUUUAGUGGAGGGUCUGAAGAAGACUGGACUCCAAGCUGCUCCAGCUGAUCACUGCUAUGCUGGACCUGAAGAUAUGGCCUGUGAUGUCUGCACUGGGAGGAAGAUGAAAGCUGUCAAGUCCUGUCUGGUUUGUUUAAUUUCUUACUGUGAGAAUCAUCUUCAGCCUCAUUAUGAAUCUCCUGCUUUUAAAAAACACAAGUUGGUGAAUCCCUCCAAGAACCUCCACCAAAACAUCUGCUUUCAUCAUGAUGAGGUGAUGAAGAUCUUCUGUCGUACUGAUCAGCAGUGUAUCUGUUAUCUCUGCUUGAUGAAUGAACAUAAAGACCAUGAAACAGUCCCAGCUGAGGCAGAAAUGGCUGAAAAGCAGAAGGAGCUCCAGGAGAGUCGACAACAAAUCCAUCAGAGAAUCCAGGACCAAGAGAAAGAUGUGAAGCUGCUUCAACAGGAGGUGGAGGCCAUCAAUGUCUCUGCUGAUGAAGCAGUGGAGGACAGUGAGAAGCUCUUCACUGAGCUGAUCCGUCUCCUCCAGGAAAGAAGCUCUGAUGUGAAGCAGCAGAUCAGAUCCCAGCAGGAAACUGAAGUGAGUCGAGUCAAAGAUGUUCAGGAGAAGCUGGAGCAGGAGAUCACUGAGCUGAAGAGGAAAGACGCUGAGCUGGAGCAGCUCUCACACACAGAGGAUCACAACCAGUUUCUCCUCAACUACCCCUCACUGCCAGCACUCAGUGAGUCUACACACUCAUCCAGCAUCAACAUCCGUCCUCUGAGACACUUUGAGGACGUGACAGCAGCUGUGUCAGAGCUCAGAGACAUAAUGCAGGACAUCCUGAGAGAAACAUGGACAAACAUUGAACUGGCAAUUACUAAAGUGGAUGUUCCACUGUCAGAACCAGAACCAAAGACCAGAGACGGAUUCUUAAAAUAUUUCCAAGAAAUCACUCUAGAUUCAAACACAGCUCACAAGAAGCUGUUAUUAUCUGAGGGAAAUAGAAAAGCAACACUAAAAAACCAACAACAGUCUUAUCCUGAUCAUCCAGACAGAUUCACUAACAGUUUUCAGGUCCUGAGCAGAGAGAGUCUGACUGAACGUUGUUACUGGGAGGUGGAGUGGAGAGGAGGAGGAGUUGUUGUUGCAGUUUCAUACAAGGACAUCAGCAGAGCAGAAGCAUUUGGUUCCAAUGACAAAUCUUGGUCAUUAUAUUGUACUACAGAGAAGAAAAGAAAUCGACUUUAUCACAACAGAGUUAAAAUUCCAAUACCAGGUCCAGUUUCCUCCAGAAUAGGAGUGUAUCUGGACCACAGAGCAGGUAUUCUGUGUUUCUACAGCGUCUCUGAAACCAUGACUCUCCUCCACAGAGUCUGGACCAGAUUCACUGAGCCUCUAUAUGCUGGAGUUGAGCCUUACUCUCAUGGAGACACUACUGAGUUCAUUAACCUGAAAUAGUUGUUAGUGAUCCAGUUGGUUAAAAUCUGUAUUUUAACCAACUUAUUUAUCAUUUUGUGUCAUUUUGUUGUUUUGUUGAUGUUGGAGUUUGUUUAGGUGCUGCCCCCUCCUGUUUCUGUUCAGCCAUGGAGUUGACCAAGUUUCACCUAAAAUAAUAUCCAUGUUUAUUGAACAUAGUGUAUAGAAAGUGUUUUAAGAGAAUGUUCAUAAGUUAAUGAUGAAAUUUGCUCAAUCGAUUGACUGAACUGAUUGAUUGACAUUUAUAUUUACUGCUUUGUCAGACCAUAUUUUGUUGUUGUUGUUCAAAUGUAAACUGUAAUUAUUAGCAUUAUCAAUGAGUCAUUAUUUUAUUGGACAAAGAUCAAACUGUGUCAA